AUGGAAUUUUUAGGAGCUAAUCAAAUCAUAUCAGUAUUAGAAACUAUAUAUUCUCCAACAGCAAGUAAUGAAGAACGAUUAGAGAGUCAGAAGUUCCUUGAUCAAGUAAAAUUACAAGAUGAAUCUCCAUUUUGGGGGUUCCAAUUAGCCAUGAAUAAUCCACAUAAUUAUAUUGUGAUCCAUUAUGGAUUAGGUUUAUUAGGUAAUUCACUGAAAAAAGAUUGGGACAAGUAUGACCAAGUUAAGAGAGUUACAUUGAGAAAUUGGAUUAAAGAUUUAUGCUUUAAAGUAACUGCAGAAUAUCCAAGAUAUAUUAAAGAGAAACUAGCUCUUCUAUGGGUUGAAGUUGCUAAGAGAACAUGGGGGGAGCUACUAAGAGGCGGAGAUGAGCAAAUCACCGAAACUGUUAUGGAAACAUCUUGGUGCAAUAUGGACCAUGAUUUAUCGGACCUUUGGAGCAUGUCAGAGGCCUCUCGAGAAUUAAGUUUGAUUAUCUUCAGAAUUCUAUUUGAAGAUGUAUUCUUACUAGAAGAUAUGGUUAUGUUAAAGAGAAUGACUAUUCUUCAGCCGCUAUGUGUAAUGCUUGUUUCUCCCAUUGAUGUUUUUGCAAAAAAAUAUAAAUUUACUGAAAAAUGGAUGCUUUUUAAAUGGGGACAAACAGGUUGGUUUCAACUUUGGGUUAAAGAAUUAAAUGAAGCAUUAAAUGGAUCAAACUCCGAGUAUGUGAUAAGACUUUUGGAAACUCUGAAAACAUGCCUGAAUUGGCCCUUGAGUGAUGUAAUAAUUGACAGCGAUAUUUUAUCCUCCUUAUUUGGUUGUUUUAUGAGCGGUAUCCCAAAGGCCCAAUCUAUGGCUUUAGAUUCAAUGCAUAUUUUGCUAACUCGUCCAUAUAAUAAUGAAGAACAUAAUUUACAUGUCAUCAAUAAAGUUUUUGAUAAUAUGGAUAUAUUGAGUACUGUUUAUGAUAGUUUACAAUUUGACCCAAAUGAAGGCAUUGAUGAAGAUAAGUACCCAAUUAUUAAGAAGUUCGUGGAUAUGAUAAGUUGCCUUUAUGUCUGUAUCUUGAAAGUUAAAAAUGAUAAUGGUCAAAUAAACAAAUACUUAAGACUAGUCCUCAAAGCCACUGCUCAUCCUAGUUUAAUAGUCAGUGGUUUGACAUUAGAUUUAUGGUGCUCUUGCCUAAGAAAUGACGAUGUUCUUCCUAUGUUAACUGAUUUUGUUAUUCCACAGUUACUAAAUUUUUCAGCAGAUGCAUUGGUUUAUUAUGAACAAAUCGAUAAUCAUGUUUCUAAAUUAUUUUCAGAUGUAGAUUUCCAAUCAAAGACAGAAUUUCAAACUUUUUGCUCUACAUAUAGGAAAAGAAUUAGAGAUAUUAUAAGAUUGAUCUCAUGCGUUAAAUUAGACUUCACAUAUACGUGGUUAACAUCCCGAUUAAAUGAUUACUUUAGCUCAAUCUAUGGGCAACAAGUAUUAAGUUCCACAUUUCUCGAUAGAAAAUCUGAACCAUAUCUGAGUGCGUUAUCUCAAUUUAUGAUUAUUGAAUGUUUUAUUAACGGAUGUAUACGAUGGAAGAUAUGGUAUCCUAAUGGAUCUGAUUAUGAUGAGAAACUGAAUGAAAUUCUUUAUAAACUGGAACUCUUAUCCAACCAAUUAAUUGCAUUAAAUAUAAGAGAACCUCUGCUAUUAAAGAAAGAAAUACAGAAUUUCGCUCUCUUUUUGACGAUGCUAAAAGAUAAUGUCUUAUUCACUCUGCUAGAAAAAAUUAUUACAACAGCUACCAUGGACUAUCCAGGAUUAAAUUUAGAAGAACGUAAUGACGAAUCAGAUGCCGUUAGGGAUUUAAGGUAUGCAUGCGGUAUUGAACUAAAUAGAAUGGCAUUGCUAAUGCCCGAGUCUUUGAAAGAAAUUUUUCCAGAUAUAGAAAAUGUUGUUGCAAAAAUUCUUCCAAAUUUAUCUUACCAUGAAAAAAUCUCCUUUAAGUCAUUCUUACUUACGAUCAUACUAAAAUCUUCAUUAGACCAUAAAGAAGAGAGAUUUGCAGCAAUCGUUGAUCCAGAGUUGAGUGCCUGGUCAGAUAAGGAUACAGUAGUUGGCUUAACCGAUUUACCGUGGUUUAUGGAACGUUUAGGCAUUGUACAAAUAGCUGAGUACUUCCAAAAUAGAGGAAUAGACGAGAGUAGGGACUUAUUAUCAAUUGACAUCGAUGAAGAGGGGAAAAAAUUAAAGUCAGAAUUGACGAAACGUUGGCAAACAUUAUUUCCGGUACGUGCAACACGUAUGUUUAUCCAUUAUUCAAUGCAAAGUGUUAAGAAAGAUGAAGACCUCAAAAUUUUACAAAAAAUGUGGCGACCCAGAAUUGUCCCUAUAUUACCCUAUAUUAUGAGAUUAUUAUAUCAACUGCAAUCCUACCAUGAUCCUGAAAAUUGGAAACAACUACCAUCGAUUGUUCAAUCCUUUGUUAAAUAUUCGACUAUUGAAAGAUUUUGGGAAGCAGGGGCUUCAAACAAAUCUAAAGAUGAAUUUAUUGAUGAACAUAUGAAAGCUAUGCAAACAUUAAGAGAUUUUGCGGAUUCUGUUGGUCACAUCGUUCGUUAUACAAGAGAAUAUACAUUGCUAGUCCUGGGGGCAAUUUCCUCCCUUGGAAAUGUAUUUUACGAAGUGGAAGAAGCACCUCAAUUGUUAUUGGAUUCUAUCGCUAUAUAUAAACCAGAUACAGGGAUGAUAAGUCCUGGUGUUUCCACACACGGUUGGAAACAUAUAAUGAACAUAGCGGUACGUCCAAUAUUGAAGAACUGUCCAGAAGAAUGUGCCCCCAAGUUUAUGGCUGCAUUUUUACCGAAACUGUUCGAAACAUUGGAUUUAUUGUUGUGUCAAAAGUGGGAGCCAUAUAUGGUUGAUAACGACGUUAUGCAAGCAGCACGAGAUGAUGAAGAAAUGACUGAGGAGAUUCUAGAGGAAAAUUUACUGCGACAAUUUACUACAGUAGUGGUAUUGAUUUUGAUUGAUUCUUUUGGACAACAUGGACAUUCUUCGAAAACCAAGCCAAAUCCGCACCAACUCUUGCUUCGAAAUAUUGUUUUCAACGAUAUCAAUAUCCUUGCACCCUUCCUAACUCUAUUAAAUCACUUGAUAGGAUUCAAAGACACAAAAUGUUCCUUCAACGCUAUUCUUAUAUUAAAGUCAUGUCUGUCAGAAGUCUUAAUUAAAGAUCCUAAUGUCGACCAUUUCUUUACAGUAGAGGUUAUGCAAACUUUGAUUAAACGUUUUCUCGUCGAUAAUGGUCAAAAAGAUGCAUUUUAUGAAUUGCUAUACGUUUUUACGACAUUAUUCUUAACUCUGUGUAAAGAAUAUAAGUCUACAAGAGAUUUUCUUUAUAAUGUUUCCCGAGGUUAUGAUAUUGACGCGUUGUACAAUAACCUGAAAGAAGUGGAUGACUAUAAAGCUCAAAGACUAUUGAUGUAUGAUUUCUUUGAUUGGAUUAGGACAGUAAAUGGGAAGAACGACGUAAAUGAUGAUGAAAGUUUAGCGUUACAUGAGAAGAAACGUUUAGAAAGAAGAGAUGCUGUUUUGAAAAGGGCAGCUGAACGGUUGGUUAAGAAAAAUAAACCGAAUGCAGAUGUUCUAGACGAUCCAUCGACCGAAGAUGGUGCAAUCGGUACUUUAUUUGAGAAUACCUGA